CUCUCUCUUCAUUUAUGUUGUUGUGCCACAUUCCACAAUGUAUCAAAAGUGUUUUGUCGAUGUAAAAAUAAAUAGUGUUCGACUAUUCAUCAAGUCGAACUAUCGUGCUAAAUAGGGUUUAUGAAGUACCUACAUAAACUUUUAGCAGUAUAAAGUUACAGCGUUUAAUGAUUUAGACUGAAAUGAUACGUUCAGUGUUAACUACAUCGAAAGGUCUCAAACAAGCAGCAAGUCCUUUUUAUACAAGUGCCAAAUAUAACCACACCAUGACCAGAUUAAUGGGCAAAGUAGCUGUAAUUUCUGCUUCUACUGAUGGUAUUGGAUUAGCGAUCGCUAAAAGACUUGGCAAUGAAGGUGCGUCUGUUGUCGUAAGCAGCAGAAAAGAAGCUAAUGUCAAUAGUGCAGUCAGCAGUUUGAGAAAGGACGGUAUCAACGUCGAGGGAGUUGUGUGUCACGUCGCAAAUAAAGAUCAGCGAAAGAAAUUGAUUGAAACUGCAGUUAACAAGUUUGGAGGUCUUGACAUAUUAGUUUCGAACGCUGCCGUCAAUCCAACCGUCGAUGCCACACUAGAGACUAGUGAAGAAGCUUGGGACAAAAUAUUCGACAUUAAUGUAAAAUGUUCGUGGCUGUUGGCAAAAGACGCGUAUCCUGAGAUGUUGAAACGAGGGGGUGGGAGCAUUGUUUUCAUAUCGUCUUUGUCUGGUUACCAGCCUAUUUUUCCUCUGGGACCGUACGGCGUGAGUAAGACAGCGCUUCUAGGUCUUACAAAAGCUAUAGCCGGGGAAGUAGUUCAUGAUAACAUUAGAGUGAACUGUGUUGCACCAGGAAUCAUAGAGACAAAAUUCGCUUCUGCGCUGACUGAAUCAGAAUCUGCAAGAGAGCAGUCUCUAUCAAUAGUCCCAAUGAAAAGGCUAGGAAGACCGGAAGAGGUUGCUGGGGCGGUCGCAUUCUUGGUAUCGGACGAUGGCAGCUUCGUCACUGGCGAAACCAUUGUUGUGGCUGGUGGAGCUCUAGCUCACCUAUAAGCCUUCUUACCACCAGUGUUUUACUAAUACUGUUACUAAAAUAUCCACUCGCAAGGGAGUUUUGCAAUUUAUAAUUAAUGUAAAAGUUAAAAUUACUUGUUUGUAUAUUUUUAAGGUUAUACAUAUAAUACUCGGGUCGGGAUCGGGAUAAAUUGUAUUAAGUAUACUCGUAAUAAAAAGGGUGUAAAGUAAU